GCAUACCAGAAACCUUCAAAUGUAAAGCACAAGUCUCGAAAAACAUACCAGAAACACAAGAAUGCAAACCACUAAUAUUUCUAAAACACACCAGAAACUUCAUAAAACAAACCACAAACAUGAUAAAAUAAGACACAAAAAGCAUACUAAAAACCUCCUAAUCCAAACCACAAAUUCUCUAAAACAAACCAGAAAUCGCACAAAGCAAACCACAAAUAUUUCGAAAAGCACACUAGAACCCCCUCAAUGCAAGCCACAAACACGGUAAAGAAACCACAGAAUGUUCGAAAGCAUACCACAAAUCUCUUAAAACAAACCAGAAACACCAUAAACCAAACCACAAAUAUUUUGAAAGCACACUAGAAACCUCAUAACGCAAACCACAAACACGUUAAAGCAAACAAAAAAACAAACAAACCAGAAACGUCCUAAUGCAGACCAAAAAUCUACUAAAACAAACGAGAAACUCCACAAAGCAAACCACAGAAUUUUCAAAAACACACCAGAAAUCUCAUAAUGCAAACCACAAACACGAUAAAGCAAACCACAAAAACAAACCAGAAACGUCCUAAUGCAGGCCAAAAAUCUAUUAAAACAAAACAGAAACCCUGCAAAGCAAACCACAAAUUUUUUGAAAGCAAACCAGAAACUUCUCAAUGCAAACCACAAACACGAUAAAGCAAACCACAAAAGGCAUACAAAAAUAUGAGAAACCAAACCAUAAAUCUCACAAUGCAGACCAUACAUCUGGUGGUCGUUGUCCGUUGACCGGUCAACGAAGACCGUUGACCGAACUCCGGUGACCGUCAGUCAGCAUAUUCCGACGCCGAUAGGCAUAUUCCGACCCCGAUGACUAGAUUCCGACGCCGGUAAGCAUAUUCCGACACCGGUAAGCAUAUUCCGGCAAGAAAUAGCAUAUUCCGGCGACAAAAAGCAUAUUCCGGUGACCGGCGACCGGUGGCAGAAUUCCGGCGACCAAAUUUUUGGGCAGAAAAUUAAAAAAAAAAACUUUUUUUUUAUUUUUUUAUUAUUUAAACAGAUUUUUCAUAAUGACAAUUAUACCCCUGCUUUGAUUUUAUACUAGGUCAACUCAUCUAAUAAAAAAUCAUCACAAUCCUAACUUCCUAUUGGUUGGAGACUAGUGUUGUUACAAUAACAACACAAAGGGUGUUGUUAUAACCGGUCCCUAUUGUCCUUGCCAAGUUAGCAAUUCUUCCAAGUUCCAAGUAUCUGUCCAUGAUGCCUCCAUGGCCAUUGGCGACCAAGCAAAUUUCUCAACCAAGGUUUUAUAGCUCGAAAUCAGCUUCCAGCUCAAGAAAACCACCGGGGAAGGGAAAGGGAAACCCCAGAUGAUGAUCGCUGCUGCUGCAUGUCUCCGUCGCGACCAUCGUCCGGCCUGGCUUCCGCUCCCUCUCCACCGCCACAGCUCGCAACCUCGCCACCGCCGCUGUUGCAGCCGCGGCUUUGUCCUCGUAUCGGUUGCUUGCAGCUGCCCAGCCUGAUACGCGCUUUCUUCUUGGCUUGUCCUUACUGGAGCUUGAACACCUAGUUCUUGACCUCGGCCAGGUAAUUCCAAUUCGCAGCCCCCAAAAGUACUAACAGAACCGAGUGAAAUUGAUCUUGUUGCUAAUGUUUCAUCUAUAAUCUGUUAAAUUUCCUGUUACCCUGCGUUUAUUGAUUGAAAUGGAAGACAACAGACUGAUUGAAACUCUUGAAACUGUGGGGCAUUCGGUAUCUGAUUAGGGGAUAAAUAAACCAGAUAGCGGAUAAGAGCGGCUCCAAGCCUUUCCUUCAGAAUUGAUAGCUGAUUUGUGUACCAAGUUGGCAAAAGCGAAUAAUUGUAGAGGAGUAUUCCAUCAAUUUACAGUCUUUUGUUAGUCUUAAAGAAUUAUAAUUGGUAUCAAGUAUCAACAUUACCCACUGCCCACUAGUCUUCCUCAUGCUUAAUAGUGCGCCAAGCCAGCCACUGUUUUUCUUUUGCAAGUUGAUGGAAUUUGCAGAGUCUUUAAUUAAUUUUUCCAGCAACCAAACAAACAACUGCUCCAGCUAUGGAAAAACAAAACUCACUAGGUAUCCCAGCCGGCUGAGAAACUUACCUUCACUUUUCCUCAUAUUAUAGUUUCCCGCGAAAUUUCCCCAACUUAAAUUAUGAUAUAUCAUUGACCUCUUUAGUCUUAAACAGUCGAAGUAUGUGACUGGGAAGGUCCAUCGUUCAUAUGGGUGACAUACAGAGAGCCUAUCUUUAUGAAUGAUGAUUCCGUAUCACCAACCCCAUCCCCAUCUCCAUAUAUGAAAGAAAAGGGCUACCUUUCCAUUUUUACCGCUCUCGCACUACAUUCUACCUCGCUUGCUCUCUUCCCUCCCUCAGGGACUUCUCCUCUUUCGUCCUCCGCCCUGUGUCUGCAAAGCUGGGAAACUUUCCAGAGUUGGGUCUCUUCCUCUUCUUCCUUUCUUGCUGCUGAGAAAACAGUUGAUAUCGUCUUCUUUAUUUUUCCCGGAAGGGAAGCUUGGUCGUGUUCUUUCAUGGGUUCCUGCUUUAGUUCCUGAAUAAAAGCUGAAAGCCCCUUCUCUAAUGGUACCUUUCCCACUUCUUUCCAUAGUUUUGCUGAUCAUAGCUUAUUGUUAGGUCCUUUUUGUUCUGGGUUGUUUCCUGAAGCUCUAGGAUGCCGAUCUGUAUUGUCAACUCAGCAUUGUUGUGUUGAAGAAAACUCGAGGUCAGCUGUUAUUGGGGGGUCGUCUCCCAAAGAUGAAACCUAGUUCAGGCUAGUUGUCAGCGUUAGAGGCGACUAUGCAGAGUCCAAUUUCAGUUUUAAUUUAUGCUAAGUUCAAAUAUGCUGUGGGUUUUGGCAGGGGCGAGGAAAGAAGGUGAAAUCUUCCAAGCCACAAACUUGAAGAGCUUUACCUUCAGCGAUCUCAAGGCAGCCACUAGAAACUUUCGCCCUGAUAGUUUGGAUGAAGGCGGGUUUGGCUAUGUCUUCAAAGGAUGGGUGGACGAGAAUUCACUCACUGCUGCAAGUCCUGGAACUGGGAUUAUUAUUACCGUCAAGAGGCUUAGCCAAGAGAGCUGUCAGGGCGACCAGGAAUGGCUGACGGAAAUCAACCACCUAGGGCAGCUGUACCAUCCAAACCUAGUGAAAUUGAUUGCUUAUUGCAUCGAGGGUGAACGGCGGUUUUUGGUCCAUGAGUUCAUGCCUAAGGGCAGCUUGGGAAAUCAUCUCUUCAGAAGGGAUUCUGAUUUCCAACCUUUGUCUUUGAACCUGCGUAUGAAAAUUGCACUAGAUGCUGCGAAAGGUCUAGCAUUCCUUCACAGCGACAACGCCAAAGUGAUAUACAGGGACUUCAAUACUUCCAAUAUCCUUCUCGAUUCGAACUACAAUGCUAAGCUAUCUGAUUUUGGGUUAGCCAAGUAUGACCCAAUAGAGAAUUUGCACCCCUACGACACAAGAAUCAGCUCCGCAUUUGAUUAUGGAGCUCCUGAGUACAAGAUGGCAGAGCGUCUGACAUCAAAUAGCGAUGUGUAUACAUUUGGGGUAGUCUUGCUAGAGAUAAUUUCGGGCAGGAGGGCCAGUGACCAGCAGGGGCCGUCGAGGGAGAUGUUACUGGUGGAAUGGGCAAGGCCUUACUUGAGGAGCAAGCAAAAGAUCUCCCGAGUGAUGGAUCCAGAGAUUGAAGGGCAGUAUAGUGUCAGCUGCGCACUGAAAGUGGCGGCACUAGCACUGAUAUGCCUGUCAGCAGACCCCAAGUGUAGACCAACCAUGGAAGAAGUUGCGAGAAGUUUGGAGCAGAUUUAUAACGGGUGCAGUAGCAGUAGUAGUAAUGAGGGUGAAUUAUCAGGAGGAUCAAGAUCGAAAGCAGCACGAGUCAACAAUGGUGGUAAACCGCGAAGGAAGAGGAUGAAUGGAGUUCAUGUUGUGGGUAAUUGAAGGGAUCCCUCUUCCCCCAAACUAUCUGCUUCUUCUUUAUGUCGAUAGAUGCAUGCCAACGGCGGUUGGUUGUGUUGUGUGUUCGACUUUGAUCCGAGGGUGAAUUGCCAAAAGUUUGUGGUGUUGAAUCAUGAUUUGUUAUAAUAGUAGAGCAGUUCUUUUACCUUUUUCUCCCCAAUGUCAAUUCGGUUUGCAUGUUCUUGACACCAGUUGAUCCCAAUAACUUGAGUUGUUAGGAUAGGUUCAAUCGUGGAUCAUAUACUAUUCACUAAUAUAUUCUUUCAAACGAAAGUCAGUCACCUUAUAACGGCACUCGAGUUGUUGGGAUAGGUUCUGAACACGAGAAUACAUGUGCUUCACAAAUGACACAAAUGAGGUCAUCGGAAUUUGAACACAAGACUUAGUUACAUAAAGCUCUGAUACAAUGUCAAGAACCAGUUUAUCUCAAUAAUUCGAAUUGUUGGGAUAAGUUCAAUCGUGUAUCAUAUAGACAUAUACCAUCACCAAAACCAAACCAAUCUAAGGGGUCGUUUGCUUCAUGGAUUUAAAAAUGAGGGUUUUGUAAUUUAAAAACCCAAGGAUUUAUCAAGGAUUUGAGGCAUCAUGGAUUUGUAACAAUCCUUUGUUUGUUGGGAUGUUUUUAUCAUGGAUUUAAAGGUGUGGGAUUUACUACUUGAAUUCAAAAAUUACAUUACUGCCCUUUUCUAUACGUUUGACAUGUUUAUGAUAUGUACACAAAACUAGGACAAAACUUCAAAAAUACCUUACUAUCAUUUUCUAUAUGUUUGACAUGUUUAUGAUAUGUACACAAAACAACGACAAUACAUACUAAUAAGCAUAAUGUUGCCACAUGGACAAUAAUAAUAAACGAGAAAAUUCCGU